CUGGAAUUUACUCGGUCAUUUUCGGGCUUUGAAAGAAUGACAGUCCUAUGCAGCCAUGCUGUGGUCAGUCAUUUCAAUGAUUCAGGGGCUUACUACCUUAUGCAAGGAUCCCUCCGCGGUGCCUCCAUAGCACCAGGCACUCCGGUUAAUGAAUCGUUUGAUUGAGCAGUCCCUGAGGGUUCAGGCGUCCGGUGGAAUGCCGAAGCCUCUCUUUGCCGGGGCUUGCUCUAUGACAAAUUGGUUUUCCGCUUUGGGAAUGGUAGAAAUGGCAAAGACUUCAUUUGUUGAGUGCUUAUUUUUUGUGUAAUUUUUUUCUUUAUUGUUCAUUACUGUCUCCAGUACAUUUCCUCGAUUGAAACAUGGCCAUCAACAUUCCCACGGUUAACAUCCUUCCCCGGCUCCCGCGCUGGGUGAACCACUGGUUUGGCUACCGGCCGACACCCCCCAAACCAUUGCCGCAGUAUAUGGUCUGGAUAUGGUCGUUUUUCGCAGCGUUUUGCGGUUUAUGUGUGUUGCAAGCGAUAUUCAAUUACUCAUCGUAUUUUGAGCGUCGCCAUGUCCCAGGCAUUGUCGCGUCAUUCGGCGCCUCCGCCGUCCUCUGCUACGGCGCAAUCGACGCCCCCUUAGCCCAACCCCGUGCCCUAAUCUUCGGCCACUUCCUAUCCGCCCUCGUCGGCAUCUGUAUAACAAAGCUCUUCAGCCUAAUGCCCGAUGAAGAACGCUUCAACUCGCUCCGCUGGCUGGCAGCAUCGCUCUCCUCAGCAGUCGCCAUCGUAGUCAUGCAGAUCACCCAGACCACGCAUCCGCCGGCGGGAGCAACAGCUCUCCUGCCUGCAGUCGAUGACGCGAUUUGGGAGCUUUCGUGGUAUUUCUUGCCUGUGGUGUUGUUGUCGUCGGUGAUUAUUAUGGUUGUUGCAAUGUUGUUGAAUAAUAUUCAGAGGAGGUAUCCGACUUUUUGGAUUGCGCCUAGUCCGCCGCCGAAGCCUGCGCCUGCACCUGUUACUGCGCCGGAGCAUCAGAAGGUGCAUGCUGAGGAAGAACUGGGUGGAGAUACGCUUCUUCCUCGGUGAUUCAUCAGCUUACCAGAGUCCAACAGGCUCUAUUUUUUUUUUUUUUUGCUUCCAUCUUUGAGCGAGCAUUCGGCAUAACUAGGCUGGCCCUUCAACUGGUAUUGUACAGUACCAUUCCAACGCAUACGCAUGGGUUAUGACCCGCACAAAGAUGAU